AUGGGCCCAGAAAAUGCGGCAUCGGCUCGCUUGUCUCAACCGCGUGCGACCAACCCAUCUGUCCAUUUCCGGUCCAAGGUUGUCACCACCAUCCUUAUGCCAUCGAUUGUGCCAAUGAACGGCACCUUUGCCCGUGCUCCUGGCACCUCUGGCAUUAUAAAGUUCACCAACUGCUUGCUGGUCCAAGACGACAGUCUGGUCAAGGCCGAUUUAUGGGUGAGCUCGUCCACCGGGAAGAUACUAAACGGACAAGAGAUAUUGUACGAGCAUCGGACUGCGCCAGAGGAAAUCGUUGACCUGGGUGGCCGGAUCCUCUCGCCCGGCUUCAUCGAUACACAACUCAAUGGUGCCUACGGAUUCGAUUUUUCUGUCAUUCCGGAUGAGGGAACUUCAGCGUACAGCAAGGGAGUCCGCCGCGUCAACCGAAGUCUGGUCACGACAGGUGUCACAUCGUACCUCCCGACGCUGACAUCUCAACCACCUAAAGUCUAUCAAAAGGCACUUCCUUAUCUUGGCCCAUCCGGUCACGCACGCGAUGCUUCAUACGGCUCAGAAUCACUAGGCGCGCACUGCGAAGGUCCUUUUCUCAAUCCCACCAAGAAUGGCAUCCACAAUACCUCUGUUCUCCGUGACCCAAUCGACGGUGUAGCCUCUCUAUCAGCCUGCUAUGGUAGCACCAACCUCAGCCCUUCAACCAUCAAACUGGUCACACUUGCCCCCGAACUACCUGGCGCCUUGCCCACCAUACAAGCGCUGACCGAAAGUGGCAUCAUCGUCUCAAUCGGCCACUCGGAAGCCUCCUACGAGGAAGCCAAGACAGGCAUCCGGUCAGGUGCAAGCAUGAUCACCCAUCUCUUCAAUGCCAUGCGACCCCUGCACCACCGCAACCCAGGCAUCUUCGGUCUCCUCGGCACACCCUCGUCCUCCAUCCAGAAACCCUACUUCGGCAUCAUCGCAGACGGCAUCCACCUGCACCCGACCUCGAUCAAGAUUGCAUGGAACGCCCAUCCCGACGGCCUCAUCCUCGUCACAGACGCAAUGCGCCUCGCCGGCAUGCCGGAUGGAACCUAUGAUUGGACAAAUGGCUCCCGCAUCAUCAAGAACGGCGCCCUGCUUACCCUCGAGGAAAACGGAAAGAUUGCUGGUAGCAGUAUCCAGCUCGUCGACUGCGUCACCAACUUUCUCAACUGGACCGGUGCAAGCGUGCCCCAGGCGCUCAAGGCGGUGACGCAGACGCCCGCGAGGAUGCUGGGUGUAGAAGGGGUCAAGGGGACGUUGAGGGAGGGCGCGGACGCGGAUUUGGUGGUGCUGGAUCUGCAAGAGGGUGCGGUGCCAGGGGAGAAGAAAAUGGUGGUGGAUGAGGUAUGGAAGUUUGGUGUCAAGGUUUUUGAAAGGGCGCAGGGUGUUUGA